CAUAAAGUAUAUAACUGAUCAGUAGGUAUGGGUACAUGUACAUAGGCAGGAUGAGUUAAAUACCGACCACAAUUUUAUGGAAUUUUUCAACUUAUAGUUUUAUCACUGUUCCAACUAAAAACUCAUUUUAAAAAUUUAUAAAAAUUGGAGUCAUAUCUUCUAUAGCAUUACAUAAAAUUAUAGUCUACCGAUACAAGUUUUCCGACUUGAUGAGUCGUACGUAUGCGAAUUUGUGAUAAUUCAUUUGUAUUUACAAUGGGGAUAGAAAUUGUACUUUUGGCGACAAGUUUCCUAGGAAUAGGAGUUGCCACGCCAAACCAACGCCAAGCUUGGGCACCAUAUUCAGGUGGAGAAACCCAUUUCACCGUCUUCGCAUACAAUCUUCCCAAUCAGGAUGGCCCAGGGGAUUGGAACGACCCCUACCUUGUAAUUAAAAAUAGUUUCGGCAACGUAGUCUACAGGUCUCAGCCUCAAAAUAACCUCCAUUUCAUGCCAAUUUUCGAAUCCGUGUCGUUUAGAGUGAUUCCCAGCGAGAGAUACCUCAUCGAAAUUUUUGAUCGCGACGAGGUCGGAGCUGACGACAGCUGCGGAGGCGUCGAAGUGAUGGGGUCGAGGCUUGUUGGACCUCUUCACCGAUUACAAAACCCGCCUGGAGGGGCGGUCGAAUUUGUGUGGAAAAUUCCGGACAAACCACGCCAACAAAUAAUCAUACUGCAUCGGGAACUUGAAAAAGAGGAGGAAGAUUCUGGCUACUCUGUGAUCGAAAUUAUAGUAAUUGUUAUCAUAGUGAUAAUAGUUUUAGCAGUUAUGGCUCUGUGUGGCUGUGGUUUUGAUUAAACAUCUUUAUGCUUAAUUUGACGUAAGAAAUAAAUGAAGUGUUGCGCAA